AAGGACGGGCGGACGAGGAUUCCAGUCUCCUCCACUGUCUUCAAUGGAAUGCUCUCCUUCUUCUGCUUCUUCUACUUGUUAUUCUUCUCUAAGCAGCUUUUGCUUACUGCGGAAGCCCUGCCCAUUUUCACCAUCAUUCACCACCACCUUUUACAAGAAGCAGCAGCAGCAGCAGCAGAGAUCCCUUACCCAACUCUCCGCAGUUUCUUACGACAAAUUCAUUCACUUCGCUCUCGACGAAUCCAAACGCCGCACCCACUUGUCCCCUUCUCCUCUCCAGGAAAGAUAUAAUUCCAUGGUUUCAAUGGAUGGUAAUGCAGAACUCCAAAUGUUAUCAUUCCAAGCGGCUAAGAUUAGGCUUUUACGUAGCCUAUAUAUUGAGACCCCAACAAUGCAGGUUUUGGAUUUUGCUGUCUUCCCAGAACCAGAAUAUGAUUUGCCAAUAUUUUGUGCCAACUUCUUCACCAAUGCGAAUGUAAACAUAGUUGUGCUGGAUCUUAACCCUUUGCACAACGUCAUUAUUGAAAGAGAAUACAGAGAUAAAUACUACAAAAGCCUAAUACCUCUUGGUGUUAAAUAUGCUGAGCUUUUACCAUGGGGUGGAAAGCUUACUAGCGAGUCUUUGAAGUUUUUUUCACCCAUUGUGAUAUGGACAAGAUUUACGUCAAGUUCAAACAAUUAUGAGGUUUUGUAUUCUGCUUUCAUUGAAUAUUACAAGGCAUGGCUUGAGCUGAUGGACCAAGCAGCAGUGGAGAUAAGUGCACCUCAAAUUAAACGUAACCGUGAAGCGCAUCAUCGAUAUCUAACUUGGAGAGCAGAGAAGGAUCCUGGACAUGGAGUUCUGAAAAGGUUGAUUGGGGAAACACGAGCAAAGGAUUUGCUGGUGAACUUCCUGUUCAAUGGAAUCAAUAACCUUGGAAGCAAGAGUUUCCUGGAUUACUUUCCAGAGUACUGCUGUGAUGAUGGAACUAUAAAUCAUAAUCGUAGUAUGAUUGGGAAGUCUUACGAAAAUCGACCGUGGGAUAGAAAGGGAGAGUUUGUUAGUAACAGUUAUGAAAGUUAGCUAAAUGGUAACAUAAUUUUGUCCUCCCAUCUUUUUCAUUUGUUUUACUUAGUGGAUUCUUUCCUGCUUUUUUUUUUUUUUAAAUCCGAAUCUCGUACUGUAAACAGUUGUAGCUAAACAAAACUUGAUCAGAGUCAGAGUCUCAGAUGAUUGGAGUUCAAUUAUUGAGGAGUAUGUUCUCACAAAUA